UUGAAGUUUAGCGCCGCGGAGAGCAGCAGCAGCAGACAGACAGACAGACGUAAGGGAGGCGGACAGGCAGACGUGAGGGGGACGGACAGAGACAGACAGCCUGAAGAAGCAUCGACUCAACGACCUUCUGUCCUGGGAUGCCAGCAGCGGGAGGACCGGCAGAAAGGAGGCACAGCCCGGAUCAGUGCAGGAUGUAUGAGGACCUGAUCGAAGACUUCUGCGGUCUGGAGCAUCAGGUGUCUCCAGGGGGCGGAGGGUGUGAAGGGGGGCGUGUCCCCGAACCUGACAUGGUGGAGUCCAGUCUGAGCGUGGGUCAGUUCGUGCUCUGUCGUUGGUCAGAUGGACUGUACUACCUGGGAAAGAUCCAACGGGUGAGUCCCCCUAGGCAGAGCUGCUUUGUCACUUUUGAGGACAACUCCAAGUUCUGGGUCCUCUGGAAGGACAUCCAGCACGCUGGAGUACCGGGGGAGGAGCCUCGCUGCUCUAUGUGCCAGGAGGUGGACCCAAACUCCAACACCCAAUCAAACCAGAUCCUGAUCUGUGGGAAGUGUGGGAUCGGUUUCCACCAGCAGUGUCACAUUCCUCCAGUAGAGGGCAGCGGCGCCCUGACUCCGUGGUUCUGCAGACGCUGCGUCUUUGCUCUGGCGGUCCGGAAGGGCGGGGCUCUGAGGAAAGGUGUGAUAGCCAAAGCCCUGAGUGUGAUGAAACAGGUGCUUCCGUACGAGCUGGAGGCCCUGGACUGGGACUCGCAGCACCGGACCAAUCAGCAGCAGUGUUACUGUUACUGCGGCGGCCCUGGAGAGUGGUACCUGAAGAUGCUGCAGUGCUUCAGGUGUCAACAGUGGUUCCAUGAGGCGUGCACUCAGUGCCUGCAGGAAGCAAUGAUGUUUGGAGACAGGUUCUACUUGUUUGUGUGCGCGGUGUGUAAUAAGGGCUCAGAGUGCGUGCGGCGCCUGUCCCUCAGGUGGGUGGACCUGGUCCACCUGGUGCUCUACAACCUGUCCAUCUGCAGCAAGAAGAAGUAUUUUGAACUGGACGAGAUCCUCACCUUCGUCUCCACCCACUGGGACCACUUGCAGCUUGGGAAGCUGUCCAACACCCCCCCAGCAGAGAGGGGGCAGCACCUGCUCGACGCACUCAACAAGUACAAGAGCAAGUUUCUGUGCGGGAAGGAAAUCAAAAAGAGGAAGUGCAUCUUUCGUCUGAGGACCAGGGUCCCUCCUAACCCCCCCUCCAAGCUCUUUCCUGAGCGUGCUCAGAAUGAUGGGGGCGGGGCAAGGAAGAAGACGGCGAGCAGCGGCUCAGCUGAGAGGAGAAAGAGGAAGUCCAAGUGGCUUCUCGAGGAUGCCAUUCCUAAUAACGAGCUGACCUGCAGCUGGACCGCCAACCACCACAUGGCCAACAUUUUUGACUUCACGCUGGAUGAGCUGCAGAGCCUGAAGAGCAGCUCCAGCAGAGCCGUCAGCAUCGAUCAGGACUCCACCGAUGCCUCCACCUCUGGCUCCGCCUCCUCCUACCACUUCAGGAGAAGGAUGGGCAGCAGAAAGAGGAAGUUACCCCGGAACAGCUACAGCCAGUGGGCCAAUCGCAGUGAGGCAGGGGAGGAGCUUGGAGGGGAAGAGCCUUCUGGCAUCAUUGGGGCCCAGGACGCUACAAACCACACCCACCUGACCACAGACUCCUCCCACUUCUUGUCAGACCACUCACCGCUGCCGUCUGACAACUCCCACCUCCACUCCUCCAUCUCCUCUUACUUUGGAGUAGCGGGUAGGCUAACCAAUGGCGAACGCUACCAGGUGUUGGCUCGCCGCAUCACCCCUCAGGGGACGGUCCAGUACUUGCUGGAGUGGGAGGGGACGACCCCUUAUUAGGACGUUAUCAAGGUCCAGGUGGUGUUAGAAGCUUUGAUUCCUUUUCCUCUGCACUUGCUGCUGGUGAGCUGCUUAUUGGUUGAAACCUGAACUGACACUGUGGCCCCGCAACCACCUGGUCUCUCUGUGUCCCCGUUAAACCACCUGGUCUCUCCAUGUCCUCGUUAAACCACCUGGUCUCUCCAUGUCCUCAUUAAACCACCUGGUCUCUCCGUGUCCCCGUUAAACAUGAGGGCUCUCCGUGUCCCUGUUAAACAUUUGGAUCCCCAUUAAACCACCAGGCUCUCUGUGUCCUCAUUAAACCACCUGGGCUCCCCAUGUCCCCGUUAAACAUUUGGGCUGUAUAUCCCCAGCUGGCCGGUGAGUUUUGAGGAAUCAGGAAUCAAAGCUGAACUCGAUCCUGGAAAAAAUAGUUUUUAGUUUAAAAAGUGUUUAAAUGCAGCCAAAGAGACACACAGAGCUCCCGUCUGACUCCUCCCACCUCCACCAUGUUUGCAGCCUCACACACUGAUUAGUUGUUUUCCUGGUUGUAAUGAUGUCACACUGGUGGAGUUCUUCUUUUGCUCUGAUUUGUAAAACACUCAGAGUCCCCCAUGCAGCGCCCCCUGGCUGUCAAACAGCACCCUGCCUCUCUUGCCCCCUCCCUCCCCUGUAGUUUUCAUGUUGUGUACCUGAACAGAAGCACUUAGUCACAUGUUUACCUGCCCCUUCCUCACCUGUGCAGUGUUCUCACUCUAUCACAUGAUCUCACCUGCGGAGCAUCCCAUUUGACGUCUAUGCAAACACCAAAGUGCGCCUGCUGGUGAUCAAUCUGAGCCACCGAUCAGUGUUUCUCCUAGCUUGAAGCUAACGCAGCCCAUAUUUGUGAAUGAGGGAUGCUAAUAGUGCUAACAGUCUCUGAGACGUUAAACUGGCACUGUCACUUUAAGAUAUGCUCUGCUCCUAUUGGCCUGUUAAAUGCUUGUUUUGAUCAUGUGACUGUUUGUUUGCUGUUUUCCUCUCCAGCUGACCAAUCAGC